GCGGCCGGGGCUCAAGAUGGCUUUGGCCCGGCUCUGCGCGCUGCUCGCCUGCUGCUGCUGCUGCUGCGCGCCCGGGGCCGUGCGGGCGGCGGCCGGCGGCGGCGACGUGGACGCGUCCAAGGAGCUGGAAUGCAAGCUCAAGAGCAUCACGGUGUCGGCGCUGCCGUUCCUGCGGGAGAACGACCUGAGCAUCAUGCACAGCCCGUCGGCCGCCGAGCCCAAGCUGCUCUUCUCCGUGCGCAACGACUUCCCCGGCGAGAUGGUGGUGGUGGACGACCUGGAGAACACGGAGCUGCCUUACUUCGUGCUGGAGAUCUCAGGGAACACGGAGGACAUCCCUCUAGUGCGCUGGCGGCAGCAGUGGCUGGAGAAUGGCACUUUGCUUUUCCACAUCCAUCACCAAGAUGGUGCCCCAAGCCUUCCAGGUCAAGAUCCCACAGAGGAGCCCCAGCAUGAGUCCGCAGAAGAAGAGCUGAGGAUUCUGCACAUCUCAGUCAUGGGUGGCAUGAUCGCUCUGCUGCUGUCCAUUCUGUGCCUGGUGAUGAUCCUGUACACUCGCCGCCGCUGGUGCAAACGUCGCCGGGUCCCCCAGCCCCAGAAGAGUGCCAGUGCAGAGGCUGCCAAUGAGAUCCACUACAUCCCAUCUGUGCUGAUUGGCGGGCAUGGCCGUGAGAGCCUGCGCAAUGCCCGUGUGCAGGGCCACAACUCCAGUGGCACCCUGAGCAUCCGGGAAACCCCCAUCCUAGAUGGCUAUGAGUAUGACAUUACAGAUCUGCGCCACCAUCUGCAGCGGGAAUGCAUGAAUGGAGGGGAGGACUUUGCCAGCCAGGUCACACGCACCCUUGACUCCCUGCAGGGCUGCAAUGAGAAGACAAGCAUGGACCUGACACCAGGAAGUGAUAAUGCCAAGCUGUCGCUGAUGAACAAGUACAAAGAUAACAUAAUUGCCACCAGCCCUGUGGACUCCAACCACCAGCAGGCCACACUCCUGUCCCACACUUCCACCAGCCAAAGAAAGCGGAUCAACAACAAAGCAAGAGCUGGUUCUGCUUUCCUAAACCCAGAAGGGGAUUCUGGCGCAGAAACAGAGAAUGACCCCCAGCUGACCUUUUAUACGGACCCCUCUCGGAGCCGAAGACGCAGCCGAGUGGGAUCACCUCGAAGUCCCGUGAACAAGACCACCUUGACGCUCAUCAGCAUAACCAGCUGUGUCAUCGGCCUUGUGUGCUCCUCCCACGUCAGCUGCCCACUUGUGGUGAAAAUCACCUUGCACGUCCCUGAACACCUGAUCGCAGAUGGCAGCCGCUUCAUCCUGCUGGAGGGGAGCCAGCUGGACGCCAGCGACUGGCUGAACCCUGCACAGGUGGUACUGUUCUCACAGCAGAACUCGAGCGGGCCCUGGGCCCUGGACCUCUGUGCCCGGCGCCUCCUGGACCCCUGCGAACACCAGUGCGACCCUGAAACUGGUGAGUGUCUCUGCUACGAAGGCUACAUGAAAGACCCCGUCCAUAAGCACCUCUGCAUUCGCAAUGAGUGGGGUGCCAACCAGGGACCUUGGCCUUAUACAAUAUUUCAACGGGGUUUUGACCUGGUUUUGGGAGAACAGCCUUCUGAUAAAAUAUUCAGGUUCACAUAUACACUGGGUGAAGGCAUGUGGCUGCCACUCAGCAAGAGCUUCGUGAUCCCCCCGGCGGAGUUGGCCAUCAACCCCUCAGCCAAGUGCAAGACUGACAUGACCGUAAUGGAGGAUGCUGUUGAGGUCCGAGAGGAGCUGAUGACCUCGUCCUCCUUCGACAGCCUGGAGGUGCUCCUGGACUCCUUUGGGCCUGUGCGAGACUGCAGUAAGGAAAACGGCGGCUGUAGAAAGAACUUCCGCUGCAUCUCAGACCGCAAGCUGGACUCUACAGGCUGUGUGUGCCCCUCGGGACUUAGCCCCAUGAAGGACAGCUCAGGCUGCUAUGACCGCCACAUUGGGGUGGACUGCUCCGACGGCUUCAAUGGCGGCUGCGAGCAGCUGUGUCUCCAGCAGAUGGCGCCCUUCCAGGAUGAUCCUGCCCUGUACAACAUUCUCAUGUUCUGUGGGUGCAUUGAGGAUUACAAGCUGGGCGUGGAUGGACGCUCCUGUCAACUCAUCACAGAGACCUGUCCAGAAGGAGGGGACUGUGGGGAGAGCAGGGAGCUACCCAUGAACCAGACACUCUUUGGAGAGAUGUUCUUUGGAUACAACAAUCACUCCAAGGAAGUAGCUGCUGGACAGGUGCUCAAAGGAACGUUCAGACAAAACAACUUUGCUCGUGGAUUAGACCAACAACUACCUGAUGGUCUUGUGGUGGCCACAGUCCCCCUAGAGAAUCAGUGUCUAGAGGAAAUCUCUGAGCCCACCCCAGAUCCUGACUUCCUGACAGGGAUGGUAAACUUCAGUGAGGUAUCUGGGUACCCCGUUAUGCAGCACUGGAAGGUUCGGUCCGUGAUGUACCACAUCAAGCUCAACCAGGUGGCCGUGUCUCAGGCGCUCACCAAUGCCCUCCACUCCCUGGAUGGGGCUACCUCGCGGGCGGACUUCGUUGCCCUCCUGGACCAGUUUGGCAACCACUACAUCCAGGAAGCCAUCUACGGCUUCGAGGAGUCCUGCUCCAUCUGGUACCCCAACAAGCAGGUCCAGCGGCGUCUGUGGCUGGAGUACGAGGAUAUCAGCAAAGGCAACUCCCCAUCUGAUGAGUCGGAGGAAAGGGAGAGGGACCCCAAGGUACUGACAUUCCCUGAGUACAUCGCCAGCCUCUCCGAGUCGGGCACCAAGCGCAUGGCGGCUGGCGUGCGGCUCGAGUGCCGGAGCAAAGGCCAGUGCCCCUCGUCCUGCCCCCUGUGCCAUGUGCCUGCCAGUCCAGAAGCCCCCGCAGAGCCAGUUCUGCUGGAGGUCACCAGAGCAGCCCCAAUCUACGAGCUGGUGACCAACAACCAGACCCAGAGGCUCUUGCAAGAGGCCACCAUGAGCUCUCUGUGGUGCUCAGGGACUGGCGAUGUCAUCGAGGACUGGUGCCGCUGUGACGCCACCGCCUUCGGAGCAGAUGGGCUCCCCACAUGCGCGCCUCUCCCACAGCCUGUGCUCCGGCUGUCCACGGCCCAUGAGCCCAGCAGCACCCUGGUGGUCCUUCAGUGGGAGCACUCAGAACCCCUGAUUGGGGUUCACAUCGUUGAUUACCUCAUCCGCCAGGAAAAGGUCACAGACCGCAUGGAUCACUCCAAAGUGGAGACAGAAACGGUGCUGAGUUUUGUGGACGACAUCAUCUCCGGCGCCAAGUCCCCCUGUGCCAUGCCUGCCCAGGUGCCAGACAAGCAGCUGGCCACCAUCUCCCUCAUCAUCCGGUGCCUAGAACCCGACACGCUUUACAUGUUCACCCUGUGGGGCGUGGACAACACAGGGCGACGCUCAAGGCCAAGUGAUGUCAUCGUGAAGACCCCCUGCCCCGUGGUGGAUGACGUCAAGGCCCAAGAGAUUGCAGACAAGAUCUACAAUCUGUUCAAUGGCUACACCAGCGGGAAGGAGCAGCAAACGGCCUACAACACUCUGCUGGACCUAGGCUCCCCGACCCUACACCGAGUCCUCUACCACUACAACCAGCACUACGAGAGCUUUGGGGAGUUCACCUGGCGCUGUGAAGAUGAGUUGGGCCCCAGAAAAGCAGGCCUCAUCCUGGCGCAGCUCGGGGACUUGAGUGGCUGGUGCCACAGCCUCCUGCAGGAGCCCAAGAUCGGACUGCGACGCAGCAGCCUCCGCUACCUAGGCUGUCGCUACAGUGAGAUCAAGCCCUAUGGCCUGGACUGGGCCCAGCUUGGCCGGGAUCUGCGGAAAACAUGCGAGGAGCAGAGCCUGAGUGUCCCCUACAAUGACUAUGGGGACCACGAUGUCUAGGGAUGCUGGCCUGGGUGCAGGACCCGGGGCUCUGGGCCCUUAUUCCGAGGCACCUGCUGCAGGCAGAGGGCAGGGGCUCACAGCCCCAGCAGAGCUCCUGAGUGCCGCCGCCUCUCUCUGCAUGUCGUGACCCUGCGGCUUCUUCCUUCAUGAUAUGAGGCUCCCCCUGUCUCGUGGGACCUAUCAGAGGCUCGUGCUGCCGUUUAUUUACUUUCUUCCCUCUUUUCUCCUACUAAAGGGGUUCAUCGUUCUGCUCCGUCCUUCCCUUUCGAGGGGCAACCCUGGCUCCCUGAGUCUCCCAGCCCCCUUAUAUGUCCCCAUGAGUCU